AUGCCUGAGGCUCCUAACAACAGUCCCUUUUCGAGGGCGAGUCGAGGCUCAUCGUUCGCUCCUUCAACAACCCAUCCUCUCAGAGCACCGCUAUUGACCGACUACGCUGACCUCAAUACGGGCCACCAGGGCCAAACUCCCUCUUAUUCGACGACACCUACAAUCUUCUUCAAUACCACAGCUCCAAAUAGCAACCAUGGGGAUGUCCAAGUCCACACCGACCAUCAGAUCUUCUGGCCCAGCGAUGGACCAGCAAUGUACUUGGCGCCGCCGAUGCCAGCAACAAUUCCAGGUACCAUGCAGAGCAACACUCAUGACCACCCCCAUCCCUAUACAGAUAUGUAUCAGUUUUCCACCAGCAUAGCACCGGAAGCAUAUUUCGGGUCUUUUGAAAACGUGGAUCAUGCGAUCGUGGGGGUGGGAUCGCUAGAUCCGGGCUUCGGAUCGAUACCGCAAAUGCAGGGGAACAUUUCUGAGCCAAGGUAUGUUAAAAGGCUUUAA